AUGGAGGCAAACAUUGUGGUUCUGGGGACCGAGAGCGUCGGGAAGUCAGCGCUCACUGUGCGUCUUCUAACCCGGAGAUUCAUUGGAGAGUAUGGAGACAUUGAAUCCAUCUACAGUCACAGUUUCACGGUGGAUGGGAGAGAGAUCACUCUCAAUAUUUGGGAUUUACCAUAUUCUGAGGACUCGUCCAUGGAGACGUCACUCUUUGAGAAGAAGGUCCGGUGGGCAGACGGCUACAUCCUCGUCUACAGCAUCUGUGACCGGGCGAGUUUCAACAGCGUCAGCAGACUCAUUCAGACCAUCAGGUCUGCCAAAGACUACCUCAACACGGACAAAGUGCCCAUUGUGAUUGUGGGUAACAAGAAGGACCUGCAUCACAGGCGGACAGUGCUUAGCGAGGAGGGCCGGCUCCUGGCCCUCAACACAGACUGCCACUUCUACGAAGUGUCAGCGGCAGAGAACUACCACAGCGUGCUUAUGGCGUUUCAGGGGCUGGUGGACAGGAUGAAGGACGGCAAGCUGACUGCCAAGAGGCCUCUGGGGCUCAAGGGCAUAGUGAAGAGCAUGUCAGCGGUGUUUUCCAGGAGACGGAUAGACUCCAUUUAG